UAAUAUUGAAAAUGAAAUUUAUAAUUAUUAUUAUCAAUUUCUUUCUUACCAUAAUAUAUCAAAAAAAAGUACAAAGAAAAAUUACAAUAAUAAAAUCAUACAUUCUCUUUCUCUUAAGAUCGAAAGACUUAAAUUAGAAAAAUAACCAUAAAUAUUCUCACUUGAUUUCAAGAUANGAGAUUAUGUUGAUAGAGGAUAUUAUAGUGUAGAAACAGUAUCAUUAUUAUUGGCUUUAAAAGUCAGAUAUAAAGUAUCAAAGAAUUAAAUUAAAAAUAGGAUAGAAUAACUAUUUUAAGAGGAAAUCAUGAAUCAAGAUAAAUUACAUAAGUAUAUGGAUUUUAUGAAGAAUGUGUAAGAAAGUAUGGUAAUGCUAAUCCAUGGAAGUAUUUCACUGAUUUAUUUGAUUAUCUUCCAAUAACAGCGGUCGUUGAAAAUUCAGUAUAUUUUAUAUAAUAUAUAAGAUCUUUGGCUUACAUGGAGGAUUAUCACCUGAUGUAACAACUCUUGAUGAGAUAAGAAGAUUAGAUAGAAUUCAAGAAGUACCUCAUGAAGGUCCUUUAUGUGAUUUAUUAUGGAGCGAUCCUGAUGGUACUUUUAUCAUAAUAUCCAAAGAUCGAAAUGGAUUUAAUACAUCACCAAGAGGAGCUGGCUUUACAUUUGGAACAGAUAUAUCUGAAAAAUACAAUCAUACAAAUGGAUUGACAAUGAUUGCUAGAGCACAUCAAUUGGUUAUGGAAGGAUUUUAAGAAACUCAUGAUAAAAAUUGUGUGACAUUAUUCUCUGCUCCUAAUUAUUGUUAUAGAUGUGGAAAUUAAGCUGCUAUUCUAGAAGUUGAUGAACAUAUGAAUCAAAAUUAUUUGCAAUUUGAUCCUGCUCCUAGAAGAGGUGAACCUCAUUUAACCAAAAAAACACCUGAUUAUUUCUUAUGA